AUCCAAACAUAAAACUUCGUCCUGUGCCCGGACACCGUGACGGCGGAAUGAUGAGUCGGGCCGGGCCAAUGCGCAGCUGAAUAGAGCUGGGAGCACCGUGGGCAUCGCGGGUCGGCUGGAGAUGGAGUCGGAGCAAAGGCACAAGCGAGGAAGGGAAGGCACAGGAGUAAAAUAAGAAAAGAAGAGGAUGGGAAGACCCCGUCGAUUCGGCCUGGUAAUAUUCAACAGAUCGAUGCAGCGGAAACUGUGUAAAAGCUUUGAAUCCAUCGUUGGAGGAAGCGUUCGAUGAAUCACUCCGCGGCCUCUGUCUCUGGUACCUUCUGCUUUAGAUUUGAACUUCAGGGAUGGCCGUUUAUUCAUGGGGCAGAGGGGAUUUUGGCCAACUUGGACUUGGGGAUGAAAGCGACCGGAGUUUUCCAUCUUUAGUACAAAGUCUCGCGGACAAGGACAUUCUCCAUGUAGCAGCGGGUGACUUCCAUACUGCUUUCCUCACAGGAGAUGGAGAGCUUUACACCACUGGCAACAAUGAGUGUGGUCAGCUUGGUGCAAAAUCACGAGAAUUGCAGCUGUUGCCAAUCCGUGUCGCUGCCUUGGAUACUUAUACUAUUAGUCAUGUGGCUUGCGGUCAAAAGCACACAGUUGCUGUCACAGACACCGGAGCCUUGGCAUCAUGGGGAGCAGCAGAAUUUGGGCAAGUUGGACACAAGGAGGCAGCAGGCAGUGUUGACUCUGUGCAGCCGCGGAUAGUGAAGGGCACUCGUGAACUUCAGUUCGUUCGAGUCGCUUGUGGUGCUGCCCACACUGUAGCUUUGACAGGCAGCGGGGAUGUGUACACUUUUGGUCAAGGGGCCUUUGGCGCCUUGGGGCAUGGCAGCAAGGAUGACAUUGAUUCACCUAAGCUUGUAGAGACUCUCUGGGGUCUUGGCAUUGUGCAGGUAGCAUGUGGGGAGAACCAUAGUGCUGCUCUAUCUGCCGAUGGCCAGGUUUUUACCUGGGGAAGAGGGAAGUAUGGUCAACUUGGGCAUGGCACUGUUGAAUCUGAAUUCCACCCAGUAGCAGUCACAGCUUUGUCCGAUCAAAUGAUUGUUCAAGUUGUUUGUGGCGGAGAUCAUACGAUGGCCUUGAACAGUGAAGGUGAACUUUUUGCUUGGGGGCGAAAUCUUUGGGGGCAGACGGGGACAGGUCCUGAAGAGGAUACUCAUCGCCCAGCUCAGGUCAAGUUUCUUGAAAGUGAACGUAUCGUCCAGGUUUCUGCUGGUGCAAGGCACUCAGUUGCUCUGACAGAUAAUGGAAACAUUUUUGGAUGGGGUGAUGGUGAGCAAGGCCAGCUAGGAGAAAUAAAGAGUUCCAAAGAGCGGUUUCCUAUCCUCCUCUCUGGACCUGAGAAUGCUGGAAAACUUCUCUAUGUGGUGGCUGGAGGAGAGCAUACUCUGGCAGUGUACGAGCACCCACUCUCACAAGGACAAAGGUUUUCCGAUCAUACACCUGAAAGCUUUUCAAGUACUCCCACUGAAGCAUCAAGUAAAUCGGAUAUCUUGGGAUGUGAGCCGAGGAAUCCUUUCGUGGAAGAGGAGCUAACUCAGUUUCUGCAAAAGCACUCUAUCGAUUUGGACAGAUCUGAUGGGUUGAACGUGCAUGGAGAAGGCCUUAGACGGUUAAAGCUGCUUCCAAUAAUGCAAAUUCUAGAGGGCCUUAAGGGAGCAGGGACUUCGCCAAGGGAAGUAUUACACUUGACUCAGGCGAUGGAACACAUCUUUGCUUCAGUGAAAUUUCUUAUUUUUACAUUCAAGCAGUGCCAUGAAGAGGAAGUCUGUACAAAAGGAAAGGGUGGAGGGGGAGGAACGGAAGGGCCGGGCCUAGACACCGGGUUAAUACGGGAUGCUUACCAGGGAAUCUUGGAGCUGUACAAUGCCGAGGUUGUGAAAAGAAUAGGUGCAGCGAUCAUGAGGUUGCUUGAUACUAUGGAGAAACACAUGGAUCGAGUGCCAGAGUCCAGAUGGUUGCGGGUGAUUCCAAUUAUUCUCCAGAGUCCUCUCAUUGGCGAGAAACAGGUCGGAGAGUCAGUGUCAACUCGGUUAUUUUCUGUAGUUGCACGAUUAUCACCAUCUGCUUUGAAGAAAUUAACCGAGUGGCUCCGAACAUAUUCAAAAGAUAUCUUUGGAGGUCGAUUUGUGAGGGGAGUACAGAAAUACAUUACACAUAAGUUGCAUGUCUGGGGUGGGAAAGGUAAAAUACCUGUUCAGGUUAUCUCUCCUCUGAAGGUUCUAUCGUUGUUACACGACGCUAAUGUGAUGGAGAAUCUGAUUCCAUACUCAGAUUUUUAUAGCUAUGCAAUCAGCGAAAGCAUAAACUUUCAGGAACAGUAUGUAAAGUGGCUAGAAUACGAUUUUCCCAAGAGCAAGCCCUUAAUAUCUUAUUGUCAGGUUCCCUAUGUACUGACACCUGAUGCUAAAAGCAAGAUACUGCAGGCUGAGGCAAACAUUCAGAAACAACACUACGUGCAGACCUCUGUUCUCGACCAGCUCUUCAAGAAUCAAUUUAGCAUCCCUUUUUUGGUACUCACGGUGAGGAGAAGUGAACUAAUCAGAGAUACCUUGCAACAAUUGGCCUCGUACAAUGUGCAAGAGUUGAAAAAGCCCCUGAAGGUCGUGUUCGAUGGCGAAGCUGGUAUUGAUGAGGGAGGGGUGACGAAAGAAUUUUUCCAACUGUUGGUUCGUGAUUUGUUUAACGUGAGUUUCGGCAUGUUUACCUACAUUGAAGAAUCACGAACAUUAUGGUUCAAUCGGAAUUCGAUGGAGUCAGCCAAUGAAUUUCGUCUGGUCGGAAUAGUGUUAGGCCUUGCUAUCCACAAUGGUGUCAUUCUGGACGUGCACUUCCCGUUGACUGUCUACAAGAAAGUGAUGGGGAAAGAAAUGCAGUUGGAUGAUCUAAAAGACGUGCAACCUCAACUCUUUCGAGGUCUGCAGCAACUGCUUGACUUUGAUGGAGACGUGGAAGGAACCUUCUGUUUGACAUUUCAGGUUGAGUACGAAUUUUUUGGGGAAAUAAAAACACAUGAUCUUAUACCGGGCGGGUCCAACAUUCCUGUAACGAAGGACAACAGAAAGAGAUACGUGGAUCUUUAUGUACAUUACCUGUUAGAGGAAUCCAUCGACAAACAAUUUAGUUCUUUCAAGGAAGGUUUCAUGCAGGUGUGUUUGGGACGAGCUUUGUCCCUUUUUCGAUAUGAAGAGCUUGAGUUGUUGAUUUGUGGACUUCCUCACUUCGACUUUGAUGCCCUGGAACGCGUGACAGUAUAUCAAGGAGGUUAUACAAAAAAUAGCAGGAUAAUUAUCUGGUUUUGGGAAUUGGUUAGAGCAAUGCCUUUGGAAGAAAAGAAACAACUUCUAUUUUUUUCUACAGGCAAUGACCGGGCACCUAUUGGCGGUCUUGCCUGUCUCAAAUUCAUAAUUCAGAAAAAUGGGGACGACACAAACAGAUUACCAACAGCACAAACUUGUUUCAACAUUCUUUUAUUGCCGGAAUACAGCGGUAAAGCAAAACUCGAGAAUCGCUUGAAAGUGGCAAUUCAAAACUCCACCGGUUUCGGCCUUCAGUGAGAUGACCUGUAUAAUGAACAUAUGUUCUUUCAAGGAGCUCCAUGCCCUCCUGCUGUACUUAUUGUUCAAAGUCAGAAGCAUAUGGGCAGAGUGAUAUGUCUUCGUGGCUGUUGAUACAUACAUUAGCGUCCCUAAAGUAGGAUAAAAGAAUUUUACGUCGGUUAAAUCUGAUUUCGUCUUUGUGGUCACCUUUCACAGUUCAUGGUCCGCAUUUUGUUGUAUAAGUGACAGCUAUUAUAAUGGAACUCGUCCGAACUCAAAUCUCCUGAGUUUGAGUUCGAAGUCAUUGAUUGGAGCACAUGGCAACGGAUGUUUAUGAAGAGCGAGAAUUCCCAUCUCCAAGACCAAGAGAUGGGAUCUGGACAGUGCAAAAGAAUGUGUUUGUUUGUACAUACCACUGGUUGUUGCCAGCACAAGAUCGAAACGGGAAAAUUCUUGUCGGAAACUUAAUGUAGUCAACGAGCAAUCACUGUGUAAGAUUGCCACGAAUUCAGUAAUUCGAACCUUUCGUAAUUAUUAGAUGAUUAUCCUA